AUGGACAACCAGAAAACACUUCUUCUUCUUUUUGCAGCCACCUUCUGCUCCACUGACCAGACAACUGUCUGCAGGGAAGCUUCUGUUGCAGACAUUGUAUUCCUCGUGGAUGAAUCCUGGAGUAUAGGAAAAGAGAACUUCAAAAACAUUCAAGGCUUCUUGUACAUCAUGGUCAGCAGCUUUGAUGUUGGGGAAGAUAAAAUCCGGAUAGGUCUGAUUCAGUACAGUGAUGCUCCACGCACUGAGUUCUUCUUGAACACUUACCACCGCAAGGAAGACAUCUUGGAGAAGAUACAGAAAUUAUCCUACAAAGGAGGGGGCACAAAAACUGGGGAGAGCUUACAGUUCAUGCUGGAGAAUCACUUCAAGGAAACUGCUGGAAGUCGAAGGGAGGAAGGCGUUCCCCAGAUUGCAGUGGUGAUAACAGAUGGGCAGGCUCAGGAUAACAUCCAAGAACCGGCCAAGGAAAUCAAGGACGCAGGCAUCACACUGUAUGCCAUUGGCAUCAAAGGUGCUAGUUUGGUGGAGCUUCAAGAGAUAGCUAGUGAUCCAGAUGACAAGCACGUCUAUGAAGUGGAAGACUUCACCGAUCUGCAGGAUAUCUCUCAUAAUAUGCUACAGGUGCUUUGUACCACAGUAGAAGAGGUGAACCAAAUUGCCCACGUCUCCCAAGUUUGCAGAAAAGCCGCCUUGGCAGACAUCGUAUUUUUAGUGGAUACUUCAACAAGUAUUGGCCGAGAAAACUUUCAGAAAGUGAAGAACUUCCUCUACACCCUGGUUUCAAGCCUCAAUGUGAGCAGCGAUCAGAUCCGGGUUGGACUGGCCCAGUACAGCGAUGAGACCUUCAAGGUGUUCUUGCUGAAUCAAUAUUCACUGAAAACUGACAUUCUGGAACAGAUACAGAAUUUGCCAUAUAGGAGUGGAGGGAGUUACACAGGCACAGCUCUGGAUUUUGUCAGGACAACAUAUUUCACUGAGUCUGCUGGUAGCAGAGCUCUGGAAAACGUCCCCCAGGUAGUCAUCCUGGUCACUGAUGGGGAAUCCAGCGAUGAGGUCAAAAUGUCAGCCAACAAAUUGAAAGCCAGAGACAUCUCUGUCUAUGUGGUUGGAAUCAAUGUCCAGAAUACAACCGAGCUUCAGGAAAUAGCCAACAAGCCUUUAAAUAAAUUUCUGUUUAGUAUUGACAGUUAUGAUGUCCUUCAAGAUCUCCCCAGAAGCCUUUUGCAAACCAUGUGCUUUGCAGUAGAGAGCCAGAUUAAAGCAUUUACAAAGCACUAUGCUGACAUUGUUUUCCUCGUUGACUCUUCUGUGAAUAUGGGGUCUUCUACCUUUGAGCAAAUAAAAAAUUUCAUCUACCAAAUUGUUGACCAGCUCGAUGUUGGGAUUGACAAGUACAGGGUUGGCCUAGCCCAGUACAGCAGGGAAGGCCGUGUGGAGUUUUUACUGAACACCUAUAAGAGCAAGGAAGAUGUGCUCAAUCACAUCCAGGGGCGUGUCACGUUCCUGGGGGGCCCUUUGCAGACAGGAAGUGCCCUGGAGUUUCUGCACGAAGUCUUUUUCAAAGAAGAGGCUGGAAGCCGAAUUAGCCAAGGCACCCCCCAGUUUGCAGUGGUCAUCACUUCUGCCAAAUCAAAGGAUGACGUCGCAGAAGCUGCAGAGGAGCUGAAAGAGAUCGGAGUGAAAGUCAUCUCGGUCGGUGUCCAAAAUUCUGAUCGGGAAGAAAUGGAGGUGAUAGCCACCUCUCCCUUGGUUUACCAAGUCAAUGGAGGGCAGAGCAUCAGUCAGCUGCACCAGGACAUUACUAAUGUUUUGGAAGCACCAGUUCAACAACAGUAUGACUCUGCCCUAGAUGCAAAAGUGCCAGCAGUAUGUUCCAGUGCAUCUGUAGCAGACAUUGUAUUUCUUGUGGAUGAAUCCAGCAGAAUUGGGUUAAGAAACUUCCAGCUGACCAGGACAUUUCUGCUCAAAAUAGUCAAUGCUCUGGAUAUUGGCCCAAAUAAUAUCAGAGUUGGCUUGGUGUUGUACAGUGAUGAACCGAGGCUAGAGUUCACCCUGGAUACAUUUGAGGACAAAUCAGAUAUCUUGAACUACCUGAAAAAAUUGCCAUAUCGAGGUGGGAGAACAUACACGGGUGCUGCCAUAGAUUUCCUCAGGAAGAAGGUUUUUACUCAAGAGGCAGGUAGCAGGAAAAAUCAAGGAGUGCAGCAGUUAGCUGUGGUUAUCACUGAUGGCCAGUCUUUCGAUGACUUUGUUGAGCCUGCUUCUAAACUGAGACAUCAUGGAGUUGCUGUCUACGCUGUAGGCACCAAGAAAAUCUCAGAGAGUAGCCAGCUGGAUAAAAUUGCAUCUUACCCUUCAAGGAAACACGUCACCAACUUGGAAUCUUUUCUGCAGCUGUCAAAUAUUGAAUGGAAAAUAAAGAAACGGCUUUGCAGUGAGAUUGUGUCACAAACCUUUGUAGUCCCAAUGCGAUCACGGACUCUGAAAGAAGGUUGUGUGGACACAGAGGAAGCUGAUAUUUAUUUCCUGAUUGAUGGGUCUGGCAGUAUAUACCCAAAUGAUUUCCAGGACAUGAAAGUAUUCAUGAAUGAGAUGCUCAGCACGUUCCAGGUCAGUGCCAAUGGAGUUCGCUUUGGCGUGGUUCAGUACGAAAGUACUCCUCAAACAGAAUUCAUGAUUAGCCAAUACAACAGCGUGAAGCAGUUAAAGGAAGCAGUCCGUGAUAUUCAGCAGUUAGGAGGUGGCACCAAUACUGGAGAUGCUUUAAGAUAUAUGAAAAGUCUUUUUGCAAAGGCCACCAGGGACAGUGUUCCCAAGUUGCUGAUAGUCAUUACAGAUGGCGAAUCCCAGGAUCAGGUGACAAAGGCAGCAGAAGAGCUGAGACAAGAAGGGAUUGUUAUAUAUGCCAUUGGCGUCAAGAAUGCCGUUAAAAAGGAACUGAAAGACAUCGCAGGAACAGAAGAUCGAAUGUUUUUUGUGAACGACUUUGAUUCCUUAAAGCUCAUCAAACAUGAUAUUGUGCAGGAUAUCUGCUCCCCAGACGCCUGUAAGAAUAUGAAAGCCGACAUUAUUUUGCUGGUCGACAGCUCUGAGAGUAUCCGCCCUGAUGAUUUUCAGACGAUGAAGGAUUUCAUGCAGCUGAUUGUGAACAGGUCUGAUAUUGGGGCUGAUAAAGUUCAGAUUGGGUUGUUGCAGUUCAGUUCAGAGCCCCAAGAGGAGUUCCAGCUCAACCGAUACGGAAGCAAGGCUGACCUAAGGAGAGCCAUUUCGGGAAUCAGGCAGAUUAAAUCCGGAACGAUGACCGGGAAAGCACUAACUUUUGCCUCCCCUUACUUUGAUGAACCCAAAGGAGGGCGACCCAGAGUAAAACAGUAUCUCAUAGUGAUCACAGAUGGGGAGGCCCAAGAUAUCGUGAGAGAGCCUGCUGAGACCAUUAGGGGCAAAGGUAUCACCAUCUAUGCCAUUGGUGUUCUCCACGCAAACAACUCCCAACUUGUGGACAUUGCCGGCAGUCAAGACAAAGUGUUCUUCGAGGAUAACUUUGAUUCCCUUACCUUUCUGGAAAAGGAGAUUCUCUUUGAAAUUUGCAACCCGGAGGAUUCAUGCAAAAGGACUGAAGUUGCAGACAUCAUAUUUGUGGUGCAUGGAUCAAGAAGCAUCACAGACUUGCAGUUCCAGGGCAUUCAGAGGAUCAUGGAGGCUGUGGUGAAUGACUCUCUGGUUGGAAAAGACAAUGUUCAGUUUGGGGCUGUGGUCUAUAGCACUAAUCCUCAGGAUCAUUUCUCACUGAAUACGUACUCGGCUAAAUCGCAGGUCAGAGAAGCAAUCUCUUACUUGAGACCUAUGCCGGGGCUAACCUUCACAGCAAGGGCUUUGAACUUUGCCAGGGAGAGAUUUGGUAUGGCUUAUGGUGGUCGUACAUCAUCUCGUAGUGUCACCCGGAUUCUUGUGCUUAUUACUGAUCAGCCAACUUCACCCUCGGAUAGACCCAACCUUCCAGCAGCAGCAAAAUCUUUGAAGCAAGAUGGUAUCCAUGUCUUUGCUGUUGGAGUGGAUGAAGCCAGUAGAACAGAGCUGGAAGAAAUUGUGGGAGAGCGAGAGAGAUUGUUCUUUGUGCAGAGCUAUAAUGAACUGGAAAGCUUACACGAAAACCUCACUCAUACAGUAUGUGAUGAGGCAAAGCCAGCUUGUGGCAACCAACAGGCAGAUCUUAUAUUCUUGAUUGACGGGUCAUUAAGCAUAUCUGCACGUAACUUUUCUGCCAUGAAAACAUUCAUGAAGGAAAUCGUGGACGGUUUUAUUAUUGCUCAGGACAAAGUCCAAGUUGGCGUGGUCCAAUACAGCAAAGAUCCCCAGAAGGAAAUAUAUCUCAAUGAAUUCCACUCUGACACAGCCAUAAAGGAACGGAUUGACAGCAUUGUCCAGUUAAAGACCUCCACCUUUACUGGCAAAGGUCUGAGGUUUGUCAAGAGCUUUUUUGAGACUGCCAAGGGUGGCCGGAAAAAACAAGGAGUUUUGCAGAGCCUCGUAGUGAUUACUAAUGGGCAGUCUAAUGACGUGGUGGAUGAGGCAGCUAUUGCUCUGAGGAAUGAUGGGAUACACGUCUUUGCAAUUGGCCUAGGGAUUCCAAACUCAUUUGAGCUUCUUCGAAUCGCUGGUGAUGCACGCAGGGUGUAUGUGCUGGAGAAUUUUGAAGUGCUGAAAACCAUAGAGAGAAAGAUUGUCACUGAAAUCUGUGAAUUGGAAGAUCGUCCUAGCCAGGAUUGCAACAUAGAUGUUUCUGUAGGAAUUGAUAUUUCGAGGCGCAUGAAGUCUAUAUCUGCACUGAACGAGAAGCAGAAACUGCAAAAGUACCUGCCCAAACUUCUGCACCGGAUGGAGUCCUUGACUAAAAUCAGUUGUACUGUUGAGUCUCAAAUCAACAUCAGGUUCAAGUACCAAGUGUUUGCACAGAACGGCCAGUCCUUGUUUGACUCCGAUUUUGAAGCCUAUGACGAAGAGAUCCUCCAGAAAUUCUUAGUUGUACAGACCAUUGUAGACACCUAUCUGAAUGCAGACUUCUUAGAGUCAUUUUGGGAGAAAUCCCUCAGACCGGCCUCUGCUAAAGUGAAGGUUCUCUUAGUGUUUACAGAUGGGCUGGAUGAUACUAUAGAAAUGCUCAGAACAACAGCAGACUCCCUUCGCAUUAAAGGCCUUGAUGCGCUUUUAAUGGUUGGCCUGGAAAAUAUGCAGGAUUUGAAUGAACUUCAGGAAAUAGAGUUUGGCAGAGGAUUUGGAUACAAGCAACCUCUGAGCAUUGGAUUUCCAGAACUUCCAAACAUCUUACGGAAAGAACUUGAAAUGGUUGCUGAAAGAAAAUGCUGCAAUGUUCUUGCUAAGUGUGUUGGCGAACAUGGUUUUCGUGGUGUAACUGGACCUCCUGGGAGGAAGGGAGGUGUAGGCUUCAGGGGAUCUCCUGGCCAUCCUGGUGAGGAAGGUGGAAUUGGGGAGAGAGGUCGAAUGGGCUUCAAUGGAACUCAAGGAGAAGGAGGAUGCCCAGGCAUUAGAGGUCCUAAGGGAGCAAGAGGCUAUCGAGGAAGCCGGGGCAAAGGCGGUGAAAAUGGAAUUGAUGGGAUUGAUGGAGCAGAGGGAAAACAAGGAUCUCCUGGAUCUUCUGGAGAAAAAGGCAGCGCAGGAAGACGGGGUAAAAAAGGACCUAGAGGAGAACUGGGUGAGCGUGGAGAGCCUGGUCUAAGAGGAAACCAUGGGGAUCCUGGAAUUAACAAUAAUGUCUCUGGUCCAGAGGGUGAAAAAGGAAAGCCAGGGCAGCAGGGAGAACCAGGAACAGAUGGAGUGCCAGGAGAGUCGGGUGCAGAGGGCACUGAUGGUGCAGGAGGUCGGCGAGGCCCCCAGGGAUUAAAGGGUGGGCAAGGAGAUCGUGGUGAACCCGGUUAUCCAGGAGAUCCUGGCCUACAAGGCUCACAGGGUCUAAGAGGACCACAAGGGGUCAGAGGCCCUCCAGGACCACAAGGAAUACCAGGCCCUCAGGUUAAUCCAGGAGCACCAGGUGCAGCAGGCUCUCCUGGGAAUCCAGGGCCUAGAGGACCAAAGGGUGAACCUGGAGAUCCUGGUGAGACGGGUCUGCUGGGACCCACUGGCCCAAGAGGCGUGCCUGGCCCAGAUGGCAAUGAUGGCUAUGGUCCUGCAGGAAGCAAAGGAGCAAAGGGAGAAUCUGGAUUACCAGCAUACCCUGGUCCACAGGGAGAAGAUGGUGAUCCAGGUAGUCAAGGAGAUAGAGGGUCCAAAGGAAUUAGAGGACAAAGGGGCAGUGCUGGCUUUCCAGGUUCAAAGGGAAAUCCAGGGGACCGAGGGCCACCAGGACCACAGGGCACCAAAGGACCAAUGGGCACCAUAGCCAUGGCGCCUUGUAGACUUGUUAAUUUCACACGGGAAAACUGCCCUUGCUUAUCAGGUACAGCCAAAUGUCCAGUAUAUCCCACUGAAUUGGUGUUUGCCCUCGAUAUGUCUGAAGAUGUUACCCUAGCAGCAUUUGAAAGAAUGAGGGAUAUUGUGAUAUCUUUGCUGCGGGUCAUCAAGCUCAGCGAAAGCAACUGUCCGACUGGUGCCCGCAUCUCCAUAGUUUCAUACAAUACCAACACAAGGUACCUCAUCCGAUUCUCGGAAUUCCAGAGGCACAACUUGCUGCUGGAAGCAGUCCAGAGAAUACCGCUGGAGAGGUCCUCGGGCAGACGCAAUAUUGGAGCGGCCAUGAGAUUCAUUGAAAGGAAUGUGUUCAAGCGGGUUCGUCAGGGUGUUCUCGUAAGAAAAGUUGCCAUAUUUUUCACCAGUGGCCCAUCACAGGAUGCUACCUCCAUCAACACAGCAGUGCUGGAGUUCGGUGCCUUGGAUAUCACUCCUGUGGUGAUUGCCUUCAGCGAAGUCCCUAAUGUCAGACGUGCCUUCUCGAUGGAUGACACUAGAAGAUUUCAACUGCUUAUUUGGGAAAGGCAGCAGGAUGAGCGCUUGGAAAGCAUCACAUAUUGCACACUCUGCUAUGAUAAAUGCAAACCAGAUACAAACUGUGAAGUGACCAUUCCCCCACCAGUCAUGGUGAACAUGGACAUCACUUAUGUCAUGGACAGCUCUGACAGCAUUGACAGUGAUGAGUUUGAGAGAGCCAAAGACUUUGUGAGUACCAUGCUCGAUCACUUUGUUAUCACCUCACAGCCGAGGGGAUCGGAUGAAGGGGCGAGGGUGGCACUGGUGCAGCAGGCUCCUCGAAGCUUUAUCUCCAACAGAAACACAAGCCCAGUGAACAAAGAGUUUGAUCUGAUCACGUACAGUGGUAAAAAUUUGAUGAAGAGACAUAUCCAAGAAUCUGCUCACCAGCUGGAAGGGCCAUCUGCCAUUGGUCAUGCUCUGCAAUGGACAAUUGACAAUAUAUUUUUCAAAGCCCCCAAUCCGAGACAACACAGGGUCAUAUUUACAAUACUUGGAAGUAAGACGAGUUCGUGGGACAGACAGAAACUGAGAGAGGUCUCACUGCAAGCCAAGUGCCAAGGAUUCAUCAUGUUCACCCUAGCACUUGGAAAUGAUAUUACCAGCAGCGAGCUGACAGAGCUUUCGAGCUUCCCAGCAGAACAACAUCUAGUGCAGCUGGGCAGGGUUCUGAAACUUGAAAUGGCAUACGCUCAGAAGUUUAGUCGUGUCUUCCUAAACCUCCUAAAACGGGGACUGAACAGUUAUCCUUCUCCAGAACUGCAAGGAGAGUGUAAAACCUUAAAUCGAGGAGAUGCACAACAGCAAGUAGCUGUUCUAGAGAGGAUGCCUUUCCCUGGAUUUGGUGGAAUUGACGGUGGUGGGAAUUUGGAAGAGCUAAUGAAAAUCAGAGUGAUAGAAGAAAUUACAGAAGCCACUCAGGAACCUGUAGACGUCGGACAAGAAGAAAAAUAUGAUUUUGAGGAGGAGUAUUUCACAGAGGACAAUGCUGAAGAGGCCAAGCUAGAGGAAUAUGGAGAAGCCCCAGAAAAGAAUGAAGAAAACUUAGAGGAGACAAUAGAAACUGGAGCUGCAUAUGCUAACUAUGAUGCUUGUGCAGUGGAUCAUGAUGGAGGAGAGUGUCAAGAUUACGAUCUGAAGUGGUAUUAUGACAAAGAGCAGAAAGUCUGCAGUCCAUUCUGGUAUGGCGGCUGUGGAGGCAACAAAAACAGAUUUGAAACUCAAGAGGAAUGUGAAGCCUUGUGCAUAGCAUCUUCCUAG